AACUCACACAGUUUACCUCUCUGCUUUUAGUUUUUAGUGAGAGAAAAACAAAGCUAAGCUAGUUAGAGAGAGUGAGCAAACAACAAUGGAGGGUAGAGAAGAGGAUGUUAAGGUUGGAGCCAACAGGUUCCCAGAGAGACAACCUUUGGGGACAUCAGCUCAGACACACAAGGACUACAAGGAGCCACCACCAGCUCCACUGUUUGAGCCUCAUGAGCUCGUUUCAUGGUCUUUCUAUAGAGCUGGGAUUGCUGAGUUUGUGGCCACAUUCUUGUUCCUCUACAUCACAGUCAACACUGUGAUGGGAGUCAACAGGGCACCAAGCAAGUGUGCCUCUGUGGGUAUUCAGGGAAUUGCUUGGGCCUUUGGUGGUAUGAUCUUUGCACUUGUCUACUGCACUGCUGGUAUCUCAGGUGGACACAUUAACCCAGCUGUGACCUUUGGUCUGUUCCUAGCAAGGAAGCUCUCACUCACCAGAGCUGUGUUCUACAUCAUCAUGCAGACCCUUGGAGCAAUUGCUGGUGCUGGAGUUGUGAAGGGCUUCCAGAAGACCCAGUAUGAGCUUUUGGGUGGUGGAGCCAACGUUGUGAGUCAUGGCUACACCAAGGGUGAUGGUCUUGGGGCUGAGAUUGUUGGAACAUUUGUGCUUGUUUACACUGUCUUCUCUGCUACUGAUGCCAAGAGGAAGGCUAGAGACUCUCAUGUCCCUGUUUUGGCUCCUCUUCCAAUUGGCUUUGCAGUGUUUCUGGUUCACUUGGCCACCAUCCCCAUUACAGGAACUGGCAUCAACCCUGCCAGGAGUCUCGGAGCUGCCAUCAUCUACGACAAGGCCCAUGCUUGGGAUGACCAGUGGAUCUUCUGGGUUGGACCAUUCAUUGGUGCUGCACUUGCUGCUUUCUACCACAUGGUAGUCAUCAGGGCCAUUCCAUUCCAUUCCAGGGCCUAACCGCCUUUUCCCUACGCACUCAGUCAUUCUAGCUAGUUCUACCUUUCAAGACUCUUCUUUAACCUAUCUUUCAUAGUCUUUAAUUUUGGUGUCUUCUUUUCUCCUCCCUUAAUGCACAUUGAAUCUGAUGUUAAUGUGAGAGAUUAUGCGUGUAAAUUAUGCUGCAAGUUUGCGACAUGUUUUGAAUGGAGAAUUCUUUUGUGCUUAAUCUUUUCAGCUGAUUA